UCAGGUCUGAGGCCGGAAAAGGGUCAGAAUCAUGUUUAGGUCGUUCCUGAACCCUUUCAUGAUGUGUUAUCUUUUUCAUAGCUGUCGUGCAUCAGUUCCAAGAAUGGACCAGGUUUGUUGUGAGCGAGUAUCUUCAUAGAUAAAUACACGUUCAUGAUGCACAAGAGGACCGACCUGUGAAUGGUAACUUGGGCAAACAUUCCUCCUGCAUGGACUUCAACUCAUUUUCCAUAGGAAGGCUUAAAUUAUUGAAGACGAGGACAGGGGUGUAUAGUUUGCAGUGGUUGGUGGAUCCUUGGGGUGGGCCAGGAGUUUUUCUGUUUUCUUGAAGUGGGUGGAAUGGAAACUCACUGUUUUCUUCAAGGAUGAGGGGGUGACCGCUCACUCGUCACCUCCUUGUCAGGUGGUCAAUAAUUAACAACAGGAUUCACUACCGGAUUAACUAGUGGAUUUACUUUGGGAUUUGCUAGGGGAGUGCAAAGAACAGGGCUUCAAGGGUGUGUACCACCUGGAGUAGGUGGAAGGCACAUUGGUGUGAAGUCAAAGCUCUGUAAAAGCUCUUAUUUUGAGAGAGUGGAGUAUAAGGGGGUGACAGUGACUUUUCUGAAGUGUGAUAGUUGCACAAGAGGGCCAUCCUUGUGCAAGUUUUUGUGGCCAUGGCUGGACAAGCCUCGUCUGCGUCUUCUGUUGAAGGAAAUGGAGAUGGACACCAGUAUGGAUGUACGCCACAUGCCAUGGCGGAAGGUCGAGGAGGAGGAGGGGGAGGAGGGGAAGGAAGGAAAGGGGAUGGAGCUGGACCAGCGGGUUCUGGAAGUGUCGCCACAGUACCUUCUAAUAUUGGACAAGGACCAGCAGCAGAUGAACGCUGGUCGUCUACUGUGGCCAAUCUGAAUGAUCUGGGUACAGUCUUGAAUGCGUUUCAAAAACUUGUAUCGAAAAAGGCGGUGUUUCUGGAUGAAGAUCCUUAUGGCAAGGCAAACUCGAAUUCGCUCCAAACGCGCAUGCUUAAGGCACAGGAGAGGCGGAUAAAGGCGCUAGAGAAAGAAGUGGAUGCAGCAGUGGCGGCAUCAGCACUUGCCAGAGCAGCGAAAAAGCAGGCAGAAGACGAGAAGAGGGCUGCCGAAGAAAGAGCUCAGCAGUUCCUCCAGGAGCUGGAGGGAACCACAAAUAUCUUCAAGCUUCAUGUAGAGGAGCUGAGGGCCAAACAGGAGGAGAUUGAGAAGAAGCAGGGUGAGAUCGAGGUUUUGAAGGCUAUUAUCAGCGCUGUGACUCCGUCUUCCACAAAGAAGCAGGACAGCUCACACUCUACUGUGGAACUUUUCUGCAAUUGGGGAAAGAGGUCAAAUGUGGCAGUGCAGCUGGGGAUCGAUCAGCAUGCCAUUGGCAGCCGGAUAGUGCCUGUAUUGGCCGUAAGUGCAGUUUUGACCGUCUGGACUAGUGCUAUUCAUAAUCUGCCUUACCAGGAAACCAUGUGUUUGCAGGAGGGGCUGUUAGAGAGCAGUGGCAUGAUGACUUACAUUGGGCCCAUCCCUGUUGGAUUGGCCAAAGGGAAGCUCGACCGGAUGGUGAUGUCAAGAGUGAUGCAGAGGGGGUGCAGGAACCGAGUCUUGAUCGCUGUUGUUAAAAACUUAGACUGCUGUUUUUUGCCAAUGGGUUGUGGACGACGCAUUUGUUACCGGGAAACCAUGUGUAUGCAGGAGGGGGCAUUAGAGAGCAGUGGCAUGAUGACUCAGGCUGGGCCCAUCCAUGUCGGAUUGGCGAAAGGGAAGCUUGAUGGUGUUGUUAAGAGUGAGGCAGAGGGACUGCAGCAAUGGAGCGUUGAUCGCUAAUGUUAAAAAGCGAGACUGCUUUUUUGCCAGUGGGUUGUGGGCAACGCAUUUGUUGAGGAGGGUUGGUGAACCCUGGUGUUGUGGGCCAUGAAAUAGCAGCAAAUUCUCACCUGUAUGGGCUGUUGGAUGGUGGGGGUCUGUCCUUUUAUCAGUGAAUGGCCAGCAGAGGCACAUCCUUGUUGAUUUUGUAAGCGGUUGCAUGGUAGUCAUCACUCCUCCUUGUGUAUGGGCAGCAGAUGCACAUCCCCUUUAUUUACAGGAUUCUAGCCAUGUUAAUCGAAGGUGGGAUAUCUGUGGUGCUUCAUUGGAUUCGGUAUGGAGCAAAAAAGAGGGGGGGGAGCAUUCUGAUGAGGGAUGGAGGGUGUCUGUCCUUCGGGACAUCCGUUAAAAUUGGAACAAUACAGAGAAGACUAGCAUGGCCCUGCACAAGGAUGACACACAUAAAUCGAGAAAUGGUCCAACUUAGGGGGGGGGGAAGGAUGGAGGGUGUCUGAUGUCAGAAGCCAGCACAUGUACAGAGCCUUUCAGCAUAGAUAAGUCUCAUCGGAGCUUAUCACCGACAUUCUGGUGGAGGAAAAUAGUUCCCGUCUUCACUUGUGACUGGCAGCGUUCUUGCAAAGGGCUGCAGGAACAGAUGGAGCGGAGGUGGAGAAGGCGACUUAGCUCUGUAUGUGAGCACCUUGCUGCUGUUUCCGAAAGAUCGUUGAAUGGUGCCAUUGCCAUUAUUAAUGUUCGUGAGGUAACAGAUUGUGACAUGGAUCCCAAGUACGUGUACACUCCUGAGGUCAUCUAUUUGAAAAAGAACGACAUUAGACAUGUUCUUUCACUGAGAGAAGCCAAGCAAGCCGAAUCCAAUCCAUACUGAAAGUCCGUAGACCGGAAUGAUUCAGUGCGAUUGUUUUUGCACGUAAUUCUACUCAUGGUUGCUAUCUAUAAGGUUGUUUCAGCAAUGCUGCUCAGAUAAGCAGUUUGAAAUCACCACGCACGUAAAGAGGGUAGCUGGGUAUAUCUGGGCAUAGUUCAGGAUAGUUGUGAAUAUCUGGACAUAGAUGAAGAUAGGGAGACUACGCGAGACAUUGGGAGAGGAUUGAGCUGAACCAGAAGCAUCAGUGCUAGGAGUAGAAUUAGGAGACGCUCUUCGGGGGGAAAGAGGGGGGUGAGGGGCCCGAUAUCACUUCCAUUGUUGUCCCGCCCUGCGGACCGGAGUGCCACGACAGGGUGCAUGGCUGCCUCCCAGUGGCACUCCCCCCCACUAGGAUGAGCAACGAGUCCAGGCCCUCUUGGACCCCGUUGCAGUCGCGCCUGGCCCCUACCAGGCCCGAUACCUCCCUGCCCCUUUUUGCCCUAUACCUCCCUCUGUCCUCUUUGUUCCUUGGGCUGUAUUAUUUUCAGCUUGCCGGUAUCACUUCCAGUGGUGUCCCGCUCUGCAGAGUGGAGUGCCACGACAGGGUGCAUGGCUGCCAGGCCCUCUUGGACCCGGUUGCAGUCACUCCUGACCCCUGCCAGGCCAAUACCCCCCUGCCCCUUUUUGCUCUAUACCUCCCUCUGUCCUCUUUGUCCUUUUCAGUUUGCCGGUGAUGAGCAACCGGAAUGGGUCCCCCACAAUAGAAGAGGUACGUUUUGUUAAAAAAAAAAAAAAAAAAAAAAAUAGAUUUUAUUUUAUUUUUCCGGCGGCAAACUCAGAAAACAGCUGAGUUCUUUUUUUUUCUUUUUUUCUUUAAAAAAAAAAAAAAACAAGCUCCUUCUAUUCUGGGGAGCAUCAGUCCGCUUCCUAUCCACCGGCAAGUCAAGAAAAUAUAUAGAACGCUUGAACACACUUCCUCACAUUGUGGCUCGGGGAACCCUGACAACAUAUCUCUUCCUUCAGAGGAGGAUUGACUGUCAGUCAAGCCCAUUCUUUUAUCCAAAACCUUUUCUGCUAGCGGUCGACGCCCCAAAUAAAACAUGCCUAAAACA